AUGAUGGGAUUGAUCGAAGGGUAUAAUUUACUUAGCUCUGGAAAGCAACAUAUUAUUAAAACUGAAAGCUUCGCUUGCAAAAUAGUAAAAUCUAGCUAGGAUUUAACUAAAUCCUCCGAGCCUUUAAAUAAAAUUGGUUCGAACGAAUAUUUUAGGGCGCUAACUGGACAUAAUACUCUUAGAAAAUGCUUAACUCCCCCCUCAGUGAACAAGCAAAACCAUUGGAAAAUUCCCUAUUUUUUAUCCAAACCUACUCUCCCGUGAGUUAACUAAAAAUUUUUUGCGAAAAAAAUUUUGAUAUAUAAGUGAUAAUUAGAAUUUGAAAUCUCUUGCUAAUUCUUUUAAUUUUUUAGCAGCUUGCAUUUUAAAACAUAAAUAUUACAAAUUAAAUAAAUAUUUGCUUUCCAAUUUUUGUGAAUUGAUUUUUUAAAUUUCGAAAAAAAAUUUGGUAAUAAAAUUUAUAUAUAAAUAUUUAAAAAAUAAAAUAUUAACCUCUUUGAGUGAAUGAGUUUUUGUUCGCCAGCGGAGGAGGAGUAAGUGAUAAAUGUCUGCCACAAAAAGUUGAGUAUGAAAUUGACAAAGUUGUCAGAAAGCAAAUGAAUGAACUUCCAUUGAGCCAGAUGAUUUCAAAGCAACUUUCAUUUGAAGAUGAAGAGUUUGGUAGCAUUAAAUAUGAAGAUGUUCAAGAUUUUGAAAAUAAUAUAUCAUUAGAAGGUUAUAAAAGGUUUAACCCUGCGCUUACAGAGAAACUUAAUUCGCUAUAUCAAAGCCAAAAAAAUCCUGAUAAAAUUCGCAAAUUAGAAUAUGAUGAAUGACUUCAAAAAAAGCAAUUAGAAAAAUCAUUGAAACAAAAACUUAUUAAUGAUGCUUUAUAUAAAGAAAGAGAGCAAGAAAUUAAUGAGCUUAAUAAUAAAAUUAAAAAGCACAAUGAAAGUAUCAUAAAAACAAGACAAUGAGAAAAGCAAAAAAUCAAAGAGCAGAGAAAAAAACAGAAAGAAAAGCAAGAAGAGACAAGGUUAAUUGAAGAAAUAAACACAAAAAAGAAAAUUGAAGCUAAGAACCAUUAUAAAGAAUGACUUAUGGAUAAUUUAAGAAAGCUGAAACAAGAAAGAAAAAAGAAAAGGGAAGAAAAAAAGCAAAAAAAUGAAGAACUGAAGAAAAUUGAAGAAGAAAAAUGGGAAAGAAAAAGAAUUGCAGAAAAAGCAUAUAAAAAAUGGCUUUUUCAGAAAUCAGUGACCCAAAGUUUUCAUCCCUCUCAGUCCUCACAAAAUACAAGAUUAAGGAAGACACCCAUGCUUGCAUACUCCCCAAAUAAAAAAUCAGUCUCAAGUAUAGCUUUUUGCCUUGAGUGGCGCGGGCGCCACUUCGGCCAGCUCCUUCUUCCAGUUGGCCGAGCCAACUCAGGUUGGUUCGACCAACUGGAGAAUUGACAAGUGAGGCGUUUUGGGGAGACGUGUCAAUUCUAGUUGGCCGAACCAACCUGAGUUGGCUCGGUCAACUGGAAGAAGGAGCUUGCCGAAGUGGCGCCCGCGCCACUCAAGGCAAAAAAGCAUAUCCAUGAUGAGCUUGAAAAGCUUGGCAGCAAAAUUUUAAUUCCAGAUCUGGUGACCGAGUCUAAUAGCUCUGAAGAUGAAAAAUACCAAACUGAGAUCUCUUCUCAAAAGCCUCCAAGACCGAAAGCUAAAAACCCUCAAAUUAAAGAGCAAUAUCGAUUGGAUGACUACCAAGUUUUUGAAGAGCUCUCAUCAAUUCGAAAAUCGCCUAAAGCUAUAGAUAAGCAUCAUGUUGGUGAAGAAAGUUUUAUUAGCGAUAUUGAAGGAGAUGAAGUUAUGGAUUAA